GCUAGAAUUCACAUCAUGACCGUAGACGAGCCGCAGAUUGUGGCCAUUAGUGUCAGUUACAAACAACCAGUGGGUUACUUGAAAGAGGAUUCCACCUGGAUAUAUUGUCCUUCGUGCGAAAAGUCUGGACCGAGUGUGGUGCAAUUGGAAGUGGUUACCUGCCUACAGAGAUUUUUGGGUUUCACGAAACUUUGUAAAAAAUGGCCUGGCCGCCAGGACAUUAACCACUAUUGUUCACUCUGCGGCUGCUUUAUUGGAAGAUUUGUGCCAAUUAGCUGCAUGGAACGGUGUCUGUCCAGAUCAGCUCGUAAACAGGCGGCCGUGGAUGAUAUGACCUUAAAAACACGGCCCAAGGAUUGCGCCGAAAGAGCCCAGAAAUCCAGGGAGAAAGUGCUGGCCAAAAGAGAAAAGAAAAGGGCAGAGAAGGCGGCCAAGGAACUGGACAAAUCUCGAACACAAAUAGCAGUACACCAAUGAUCAAUUCAUUUCUAUAUUCACUGCGCUAAAGCUUUAUACAAAGCUCUAGCCACAGCUACCAACAUAUUAGCGUUGGUUUGACUAAUUAAAAAGAUCCUCAAGGAUCGAAUUCAUUUUCUAAAACUGAAGGAGCUGACUCUUAAAUCGGAAUAUCAUUUAUAUUUUUUGUAACUACUGUAUCUUUCAUAAAUAUAUUUUAAAAGUGUAUAAAUA